AUGAGUCAAGCAACUCUCAAGAUUGGGUUUAUUGGGGCCGGUGCUAUUCACUUCGGUAGACCGGAAGUACCAUGGGAUCAUGCGUCGCGCCUGGAGAAAAUUGGUGGAAUGGAAGUGAUCGGAAUUGUAGAUCCCGACACCCGCCGGAGUGAUGAGGUACUAAAAGAAAAGCUUGCCUCGCCUGACUACGGUCACAUGUAUACACACUGCCGACUACUAACCGACUACAGGGAGUUACUGGGAAUGAAACCGGAAGUGGUUUUCAUCGGGAGUCCCCCAGGCUACAGAGGGUCCCCAAAGGAUGGAGCGAAUCUGGAACUAGAGUUUGCACGUGCUGGGAUACAUGUUUUCGUGGAAAAACCUCUGUCGGUCUUGCCUCCUGAAGAGUUCUCCCCAUACGCAUGCUCAGUGACGGAGGCAUGUCGGGCCAAUAAUAUCGUCGUAUCUGUUGGGUAUAAGUUUAGGUACCACGCGGGCGUCCUGAAAAUGAAGGAAAUGAUUGCGCACCAUGGCGGGAAGGUGAUGGCUUUCAAUGCCCGCUAUUACUUUGCCUACACAGAGGGGAUCAACAAAUACUGGUUCAACACUGCAAUAAGUGGCGGACCAAUCAUAGAACAAGCUACCCAUUUCUGCGACAUCGCCCGGUACAUCGUCGGCGAAAUAGACAUGACGUCACUACACACGCUGAUGGUAAAAGACUCGGACAAGGGUGGAGUUGGUAAGUUGAAUCACAUCUUAAACAACGCGGAGGACGACAUUCCGUCCGACAAGCGGAUCCCCAGAGUAACAAUCAGCCACUGGAGGUUUGAGGACGGCGGUCUCGGCACGUUGAUGCAUUCACUUACGUUACCCGGAAGUCGUUACCAAGUAACAUUUGAAGUUCAGUUAGACGGUCUCCAACUCUCACUGAUAGACCCGUACGGAAGUACCAGUAUACUGAGGGUCCGAAGUCUAGAGGGUGGAAAUCCUAACCAAGACCAGGAUUUCGUUUUCGAAAACGACGACAUGUAUUUGCGGGAACUGGACACAUUCAUCAAAGCUGUUCGUCAGAGGAAGCAAUCUCUUAUAAAAAGUUCAUACGAAGACGCCAAGAAAACCUACGAUUUGACCUGGGCGAUACUGGGACAGGGAGAAACCAGGAUUUAA